UCAGCAGACACCCACCAGGGUCUCAGUCGUCACUGCCCUCACUCAGUGUUACUUCUGGGACAGCUCCAACAGGAUGUGGAGGAGCAGUGGAUGCCAAGUUGGCCUGCAGAGCACAGUUUCGAGAACCCAGUGUUUCUGUGACCACCUGACCUUCUUUGGUAGUGAUUUCUUCAUCAUCCCCAGGACCGUGAAUGUGGAAGACACCAUCAAACUGUUCCUUCGUGUGACCAGCAAUCCUGCUGGGGUGUCCUUGCUGGCCAGCCUUUUAGGAUUCUAUAUGAUCACAGCUGUGUGGGCUUGGAGACAGGAUCGUGCAGAUAUGCAGAAGGUGAAGGUCACUGUCCUGUCUGAUAACGAACCCAGCUCUCAAUUUCGCUACCUGGUUCAAGUCUACACAGGGUACCGAAGAAGGGCCGCUACAACAGCUCAGGUUGUUAUAACCCUCUACGGAUCAGAUGGACAGAGUGAGCCCCAUCACCUCUGGGACCCCCAGAAGACAGUCUUUGAACGGGGAGGACUGGAUGUCUUCCUUGUCACUACUCCGUCCUCUCUGGGGGAACUGCAUGGCCUUCGGCUCUGGCACGACAAUUCUGGCAUCAGUCCUUCUUGGUAAAACACCUGCAUCAUGGUGGCUGGUUGUUUCUUCUUUAUGCCUCAUAGAGGAAAAAGGAAAAAGCAUGGUAUCACAAUAAAUAAUUCUU